CCAUAAUGUAUGAGGAUGGUGAAACAAUUAUGUCUCUGACAAAUGUUUCGAGAAAUUUUCAUGGAAGUAAUUUUACUUGUAUAGCACAGAACUUCUGGAGUAAAGACGUCGCAUCGGCACAGCUCAGCGUUUCAACUGAACCAGUUGUAAUAUCAUUAGACAGUUCUCAUGUUCCCCAUAUCACCGACUACAAAUGUAACUAUCAGCUGUGAAGUAGAAGGACGCCCUACACCAGACAUUCAAUGGUUUUACAGAGUAAACACAAAUGCAAAAAGUACUUCACUUAAAUCAAAUGAUUUCGUCGACUUUAGUCGUAAUAUAGAUUCGGGGACUGUAAACCUUUUUUCAAUUAAAGAAAGAGACGAAGGCUAUUAUAGCUGUCGUGCCAAAAACUCAGUCGGUUCGUCUUCGCGAGAGAUUUUCAUUGAAGUUUUGGAUCCGCCUGACCAAAUCACAAAUUUUCACUUGCAAACUUUAUCAAGCACGUCCAUUCGAGUCCAGUGGAUGUCAGAAGAUUUUGUAUCAAAAGGAAUUAAAUCGUUUGAGAUAACCUACGGUACCAACCUCGACCUGAUCGCCAAUACAACAACAUUAAACCUUCAAGCUACCAAGGGUACCAACGAAGCAAUCAUAAACGGAUUGAAACCGGAUACAAGCUACAUUAUUCAAGUCACUGCUGUGAAUGAUGCAGGAGCAGGCGAUCGAUCUUUCAAACAAGUUGCAAUCACCUACCCGGGAAUUCCUUCUGAACCAACUUCAAUACGCAUUGAUAACGUAACAUCAUCUUCCUUCACUGUUGAGUGGAAAGAACCAGAGGAAACCAACGGAGAAGUGGUUGAAUAUGAAUUGGAAUACAGAAAGAUUUCACCCGGAAAGUAUUUUCCUCAAACUGUGAUAAAUAUUCGUUCCUCAAAUGCUACUGUGCCGUCGCAUUCAAUUUUUGAUCUGGUUCCGCAAUCAACUUAUAUAGUGUCUUUGAAAGCAGGAACUCUUGGUCACAAUGGUACUAUUUUAUGGGGAGAAAAAUCUCCUCAUGUAUCGGUGAAAACGCACGAAGCAGCUCCAUCAAGCCCACCGGCCAACAUUGAAGCAAUAACAAAAUCACAAACAUCUAUAUUGAUUCGUUGGUCCGAAAUUCCAGAAGAAAGCCAACACGGAGAAGUUAUUGAGUACAGAAUAAAAUAUGUGGAUGAUUUGUUGAAUACAUCACAUGAAAUUUCUGUCAAUGGAACGUAUAAAUCACAUCUUUUGAAAAAUCUGUCGCCUUGGUGUAAUUAUUCAAUAAAUGUUCUUGGUGUAACUUCAGCAGGAAACGGUCCGUGGUCGAAUACAAUUAUUAUGGAGACUUUUAUGUCAGAACCGACGUCUGUGGUCACUGGAUUCACAGUUAAUGCUGUUUCGAAUGAAUCAGUUUUAUUUACGUGGCAUUUACUGAACAAGAGUCAGGAGAACGGGCCUGGUAUUUAUUACAGGGUAAAAUUAUGGGAAACGGCCGACGAAAAUGCGGAGCAAGAACACGAAAGCAAAGAGAACAUGCUAAUUGUUCAAAACUUACGUUCAUGGACGUCCUACACAGCAAAAAUAAGAGCACAAAAUGAUGUUAAUGGAACGGGUGCUUGGUCACAUGAAAUAUAUUUUAAAACCAAUGAAUCAGUAUCUGGACCCUGCGUUAAUCUGCACUCCUUCGAUAAUACUUGGGAAUCAAUCUCGAUAAAAUGGCGUCCACCUGCACAUGUUAACGGGCGAUUACAAGGAUACGUCGUGCAACAUCACACUAUAUAUUGUGGACAGCCAGGCUAUGUAGUCGACAUAAACACGUACACGUGUGUAGAAACUACAACUCAGUCUGCAACUCAUUCUGAAACGAAAAUGCCGAAUCUGACUAAUUUAUUGGAUUAUGAAGAAAAGUUAAAACCUGUCGACUUCAUUGAUAUGAAUAGAAGCGAAAGGAAAAUUGAAAAUGUAGGAAAUAAUUUUAUGAACAUGAUUUCCACGGCGCCAUAUUUAGUCCCUUCAAUCGACGACUGAGGAUUCUGCAAAACAAGUAAUCGAAGGACCAGUUACAGAAGCGCUUCUUUGUUGAAUAAUGAAUCGGAAGUGACGUAUAAUAUCUCGUCUCUUGAAUCGUCUACUUUAUAUACAAUUAUCGUUCGAGCAAAAAUAAAGCAGGUUUGGGAAUUCCCUCAAAAAUUAACGCAAAAACAGUUUCAGCACCCACCACAACACCAAGUUCAACAACUACUAAUGAAGCUACUACGGUAGAAGAUAUUGCAACAACAACUACGCUAUAUCGACAAACAAAAGCAAGUUUGACGAAGUCUGCACUGAUAGCUGGAAGUACAGGGGGAGCAUUAUUUAU